UAAUAUUUGGUUAGUCGUGAAUUUUGAAACGUUGAAGUGAGUUGUAAUUGCAAUGGAGAAAUUGAGAAGAGCUGUGAAGGAAAUAGCUUACACCCCACAUUCCCAAUUCCUCUCCAAUCUCUCACCUUUCCACCUCUCUCUAAUCCCACUUCUCUCUCUAGCUUCUUCCCUCUACUCUGUCGCCGUCCGCCUCCGCCGCCACCUCUACCGCUUCAACAUUCUCCAGAUACACCGGUUGCCGGUUCCGGUGAUUAGUGUUGGCAAUUUGACGUGGGGCGGCAAUGGGAAAACUCCAAUGGUGGAGCUCCUCGCGCGCUCGUUUGCUGCUGCUGGAAUUUCACCCCUCAUUCUCACUAGGGGUUAUGGUGGUGCAGAUGAAGCUAAAAUGCUUCAGAGGCAGCUGCAAGGUACAUCUGCCAAAAUUGGUGUUGGUGCCAAUCGAGUUGCCACUGCUCUUAGAUUUCUAGAACAAUUUGGUUUCACAUCUCAUGCUAUUUUUGAGGAACUCUUUUGUGAAAACAAGAUUGAAUUUAAACCUAGCAAUGAUCAAAUUGGGGUUGCUAUCCUAGAUGAUGGGAUGCAGCAUCUGAGUGUACGGCAUGAUCUGGAGAUUGUGAUGGUGAAUGCAUUGGUGCCGUGGGGGAACCAUCACCUACUUCCUCUUGGGCCACUAAGGGAGCCUUUGACUGCACUCUGCCGAGCUGAUAUUCUAGUCAUCCAUCAUGCUGAUUUGGUACAGGAAAAGGACAUUGAUGCUUUAAAAUUCACAAUACGGAAAGCCAACAAAUCUGCUCCAAUUUUCUUCACUAAAAUGACUCCAAUGUACUUCUUCCGUUGUAGAGAUUCAUGUACUAAACUGUCAAUAAUGGCUGUUGAAAAUGCGACUGUAUUAUGCCUUUCAGGCAUUGGUUAUGCAGAUUCCUUCAUUCAGAGGAUUGAAAGGAUGGGACCAACAUUUGUGGAUCACCUAGAUUUCAGUGACCAUCAUUUAUUUGAGUUGCAGGAUCUUCAAGUGGUGCGUACAAGACUUGAAGCUCUUGAGUCUAAGUUUGGUGCUAAACCAGUUGUUGUUGUGACUGAAAAGGAUUAUGACAGAGCCCCGGACAUGCUAGUACGUUUGAAACAAUACGAGGUUUUGGUGUUGUGUAGUCGCUUGCAAUUUCUGGACUACAUGGAGAGUACAGAAGAAAGAUUUAGAAAGACUGUGAGGCAGCAUUUGGGCCAAAGAUAAGGUGAAAACAUGUCUACACUGUCACACUGUCAUAAUGUUUCGAAUUCCUGCUUAAAGUGACAUGAAAAUGCUUCCUUUUUUCUAACUCUGCAGUGGGUUUUUUUGGUUCCGGCAAUACAUCCUGCAGUGGCUUUGGAUUCAUCCUGAUUUGUAAUACUGGUUGGUGUUUAACAUAAGAUUUGGACCUGCUUCCACCUAGAAUUCGAAUUUCUGAAUAUCAUAGAUUGAAAUUUAAA